CCUGUCAUCCACCCUGGCCAAAUCCAAAAAGGAAAAUGAAAGAGGGACCACGAGGAACAGGGCCCAGCUGUCUCCCAAGGUCCCACGCUCAGCUCUAAGGCCCAGGUCCCGGGCAUCAUGGGGGAGUGGGCGUUCCUAGGCUCCCUGCUGGACGCCGUGCAGCUUCAGUCGCCGCUCGUGGGCCGCCUCUGGCUGGUGGUCAUGCUGAUCUUCCGCAUCCUGGUGCUGGCCACGGUGGGAGGUGCGGUGUUCGAGGACGAGCAGGAGGAGUUCGUGUGCAACACGCUGCAGCCGGGCUGCCGCCAGACCUGCUACGACCGCGCCUUCCCGGUGUCCCACUACCGCUUCUGGCUCUUCCACAUCCUGCUGCUGUCGGCGCCGCCGGUGCUGUUCGUCAUCUACUCCAUGCACCAGGCCAGCAAGGAGGCGGGCGGCGCGCCGCCGGCCACCCCGUGCGCGCGCGGCCGCCCCGAGGCCCCCUGUCCCCCGUGCGUCCUGCGCGCCCGCCGAGCGCGCCGCUGCUACCUGCUGAGCGUGGCUCUGCGCCUGCUCGCCGAGCUGGCCUUCCUGGGCGGCCAGGCUCGGCUCUACGGCUUCCGCGUGGCCCCGCACUACGCGUGCGCCGGCCCGCCCUGCCCGCACACUGUCGAUUGCUUCGUGAGCCGGCCCACCGAGAAGACGGUGUUCGUGGUCUUCUACUUCGCCGUCGGGCUGCUCUCGGCGCUGCUCAGCGUGGCCGAGCUGGGCCACCUGCUCUGGAAGGGUCGCCAGCGCGCGGGGCUGCCCCCGCCGCCGUCGCCGCCGCCGCCCUCCCUGCCUCCCUCGCAGCGCGGGGACCCCGAUCCCUUCGGACCUCCAGCCUACGCGCACCGGGACAGCGAGGCCGAGGGCGGCAGCGGCCACAGCAAGGCGUCGCUGGCCACCGUGCGCCAGGACCUGACCAUCUAGCGGCGCGGUCGGAGGCCGAAGCUCAGCACCGGGGGGUGGGGAGGGGAAACGGGGGGUCCUUGGAGGCAGAAGCGAGUUGUGGCUCCUGGAAGGCUGCUUAGGACCCUGGCCUGAGCAGGAGACGAGCAGAGGGGACUCCCCCGGGCAGAAGAGACGCAGAGGGGACCGCCCGGGGUUUGGGUAGGGGCGGGGGGCUUCGCACUUCCUAGUGCUAGAGCUACUUUGAAGCAGACAGGCUCCUCCGUGCUGUGAUCCCGGCGGAAAGCGAGGGUUCCAGGGAGCCCUCCCUCUCUCUCUCUCUCUCUCUCACACACACACACACACACAUACACACCCCAGGAGCAAACAAGCCAAGGGCAAUGGGUGACCUGAUGGUUGCACGGAGGGGGAGGAUGUGGAGGGGGCAAAUUCAACAGUGAUGGCAGCAUCCCCAGGUCCCCUGCUGGUUCAGGGCAGGGUAGCUCUCCUCGGUGGACUCUCUGUGCACGCAAGCGCACCAGGAGACGCUGAGAUAGGUUGGUUGCUCUCGUGCGCGUUCAACCGCUGGGGGCUGCGUGUGUGUGUGUGUGUGUGUGUGUGUUUGCACGCGCACACUGUGAGGCACCACGCAUGCCUGUGCACACAAGCAUACGCCUCCCAAGUGACAGGAGGUAAAUAGACCUGGGCUCAUGCCUGUGUGCACAGACACGCACAUAUAUGUUCUUGUGGGCUGUGUGGAUGCAUGUUUGCAUGCAUUCUGCAUAAGCUCUGUGUACACACACACACACAUUCUGUGUGUGCAGCCGCCGUCAUUGUCAUUCGCUACCAGAACCCAGUGCCGGUGGCCGCCAUGAUGGUUCCCUCCUUAUUGAGCUAACCCAGACACCUGUGAGGCCACCAGUGUCCCCGUAGGAACGGGGUGAGGGUUUAUUGAAUCCUGUCAUCCGGUAGGUCUGUGAGACCUUUGGUGCUCUGCCCCCCUUCCCUCCCCCACUGGAGGCCGGCUGGGAGUGGAGCUGAAAGAUAAAACAGUGUUGCUCUUUUUUUGGUCUACAUCUUCUCUGGUCCCGCCUGCCAUUGUUCCUGUAGUCUAUAAAUAUGGUCUCAAGAGUCGUUUCUGUCCUCAAGGAAAACCGCCCUUGAAGCUUUUGUUUCUGGCUCCUUCUUCCCUUGUAACUAGCCCUUCUCCCAGCCCAGACUUUCAAAGAGCCCGUCCUAAGGCCACUUCACACCUUUGUGGUCAUCUUACCUGCCUCCUUCCUUCAUCAUCUGUGUGGCCACUCAAUACACUCACCAGACCAAGUAAUAAAACCUGACAGAGCAGGGCUGCCUGCCCCACUUCUGGCUCUGUCAGAUCUGUUGCCCGGGUUCUGCCCUUAGCCAUCACAGCCCAAACUGCCCAUACCAGCCUUCCCUCUGUCCUUUAUGUUCUCAUCCCCCUCCUGACAGCUUUCUGGCUUUCUGCAUAACCUUAUUUGGCCCUUGGGGGAUUCCCUGUCCUUGGGGUACAACCAGCCCUUUCCACAGGCCUCCUGCACACUGGGUUCCCUUGGUUGGGCCUCCGCCCCCAUCUUGCCAUCUGUCAAACCAGGCUGAAGUUUCUGUCCCUAGCAGGCACCACGCCCACUUCUGAUGCCAGUUUUAGACAUGCUGCCGGAUGGACAUGGUCCAGUGUUACCUUCUGAAGCCCUGCCUCCCGCCACCGCCUGCCUUUGCCUUCUGAUCUCACUUGGAGAAAACAAGAGCCUCCAGGAAGGGCUUUCCCUGCCCCAAGCUGCAGUCAGGCAUCCCUGUUCAGCCAUUCCUCUGCGUGGCUGCGCCAUCUUCUGGGUACGGCACAGAGUAGCUGUUUUUGGACCCACUCGGUCACUACGCAGAAGCUCAUGUCCGAGCUCCCAGUGGACACUGCUGGCCCUCUGACAGCCUGGACCCCUCCACACAGGCACACAUGUGGAAGCCCAGCUGGCUUCCAAAGACAGUCACUCAACAAAUACUGGUUCGAGCGAGGUCAAUGUCAUUCGAUACAAUCGCACGUGAGGCACAUUGUCAUUCUUUGGUUUGGUUUGGUUUUGGCUUUUGAGACAGCAUCUCUCUGCAUAUCCCUGGCUGUUCAGAAACCCACUCUGUAGACCGGGCUGGCCUCAAAUUCCCUGAGAUCCACCCGUCUCUGUCUCCUGAGUGCUGGGAUUAGAGGCGUGCACCCCACAUCCAGCCACGUCCA